ACGUACAAAUAGCUGCACGCUUUCAUUUCUCACUCACAGUUCCUGCACCGGGACCUGGCCGCCAGAAACAUACUGGUCAGUGACGACAUGGUGUGUAAGGUGUCCGACUUUGGUCUGGCUCGUGACGUCAUUGACAGCAGGGAGUAUCUCAGCAGAAUGGAGAGCCCUCUCCCUAUCCGCUGGAUGGCACCAGAAUCCAUUUCUGCCAGCGUGUAUACCACUAAGAGUGAUGUGUGGUCGUUUGGCGUUCUUCUCUGGGAGAUUGUCACUUUAGGAGCUACCCCCUACCCUGGUAUUACGUCUGGACGAGAACUAAUACGUGAGAUCAGGUCAGGAUACAGAAUGGAG